AUAGUCUCGCCUUAUCACCUACGCCUUGGAGAAUUUCAAAAACAUUCAGCGACUUCAGUGCAAAUCUGUGCUUAAAAGUGAAAUGUCGUUGGAGACGCUCGGAAUAGGACAGCGCGCGAUAAUUUACUCCUUUCUAACAUUGCUAGUAGUGCAGCUCGAAAAACCCGGCGCCCAUGCCGUAGCAACCACCCCGAAUGAAGGUCGCACAACAACAGACGCCGCAGAGGAGAACACCAACACUAAACCCACCAGCGCGCCCAGCAGCGCUGAGUCGCCUCAGUGUCCAGCUGACUACUGGCCCCGUCAGCUGGACACAAUGCGCAGUUAUGUGGAUGAAAUAGCUUGGCCUUGCGAUGAUUUCUACGAGUACGCUUGCGGCAAUUGGCGCGCGCCAUAUCAAUUGCGCGUUCGCGGCGCACAUGACACACUGACCUCUGUCAAGGCGGACAACAAGCAACAGCUGAUGACGUAUUUGCUGGAGAAGCAAGAGGGGGUGGUGCAAAAUAGUACGCGUCAAGCUACUCUGCCUCGAAGAGAGGAGGUCGCCGUACGUUUCUUCAACGCCUGCAUUGAGCGCGCAACUGGCGAAGAUGGCGACAGCAGACACGUGCAUUUCAAUGUUGAGGCAGCAACGCACCGCACAUACACCAACGAGCUGCGACAGUUGAGUGAUUGGCCAGUGCUCAAUCCCAAUUGGAUGGCGACCGAAGCGAAUGACAGCCUCAGUUGGGGUAUCUACUUAAACGCAGAGCUACGCCGUUAUGGCGUGCAGGCACUCUGGCGUUUGCUAAUCACCACCAAUUGGCAGCAGGCUGAGCAGCAAAUUUUCUACAUUUCCGCGCCAGCGUUCGAUUUACUCAAGCCGACGCGGCAAUCGGUGCGGUAUGAUAGCGACUCGGAGUAUGUUUAUAAGCGUUAUGUGAAAUACCUGAUGCUGGACUUGGGUGUGCGCGUGCGGCGCGCGCAAGUCAUUGCCGAGGAAGUGGUUGAUUUUGAGAAACAGCUUUUCGAAUUGGUCGCCAGUGAGCGAUUGGUUUUACUGCGCGCGCCACAAACUUUGGCAGCAUUGCAAGCUGAAGUACUAGAGCUGAACUUAGGCAAGUAUUUCGUGGAAGUACUGCGCGACAUAGCACACCAGUUGCCGCGGGACUACGAGCAGCGCUUGUUGAUUGUGGCAGAUGUACCAUAUUUGCGUCAGUUGGGCGCGCUACUGAAACGCACCAAACCCGAGUUGUUGGCUAAGUAUCUGUUGGUACAAUUUCUGGCGCAUUUUGAAGUGCGUCUUCACGAUGAGGAUAGCUUCCAUGAGCAGCGCGAUCACUGUCUGCAGCAGCUGCACACUUUUCUGCCAGCCGAACUGUCAGAAAUUUUCAUGCUUCUACAACACGCUGAUGGCGAUGCUGUUGCCUCUAUGACGCGCACACAAACCGCCUUGAAUGACAUCUUUGCGCAGCUGAAACUGCAAUUCGAGCGCAUGCUGAAUGCCACUAACGUCUUCGAGCGCGAUGCGCACGGCAGGCAGCUUGGGUUGGAAAAACUGCGCGCCAUGCGUCUGCUCUUGCCACAAGCAACUGGUUUCAGCAAGGAUCAUUUGCCGCCCAGCAUUCAACUUGGGGAUGACUACGACGCGAAUUUGAUGACUUUAUGGCGCUGGCGCACACGCAAGCAACUACACGAAAUACUAGAAACGCUGCUGACCGGUCGUAGUGCGCCGCCAGCAUACAACAGCUACGGUCCUUUAGAUGUGAACGCCUACUAUCGCCUGAAGAAGAACGCCAUUGAGCUGCCGGUUGGCAUACUGCGCGCGCCCUUCUACAACAGUUGCCUCGACUCGGCGAAGAUCUACGGCAGUUUUGUCUACAUCAUUGCGCACGAGCUGAUGCAUGGCUUUGACUACGAUGGGCUCAACUAUGAUAUGUCAGGCAAUACUGGCAGCGAUGUGAGCGCAAAAGUUAUCAUCAGAUUUGGCACCAAGUCGCGUUGCUAUCUUAGCGAACGUUAUGUGGAUGGUGAAGUGACGUUGAACGAGAAUAUCGCUGAUACGGAGGGUUUACGGCUGGCUUUGGAGACCUUCAGACGCACUGGUGGCGAGAAUGCAACUUUAAGCGCAGAACAGUUGAAGCUGUUCUUCUUGAGUUUUGCGCAGACUUGGUGUGGCACUAGUGCCGCGAACGGGGAGAGUCUACACGAUGAGCAUAGCGUGCGCGUGAACAAUGUGGUGAGCAACUUUGCGGAGUUCACGCAAGCCUAUCGAUGUGAGCCGCACAACGAAAUGAAUCCGGCAGAGAAAUGUGUUAUAUGGUGAAUUAAUUGUUUGAGAAUUGAGUAUGUAAAUGCACUUAAUAAUAGAAAUAAAAAAUGUACAAAAGUCUGAUGAAAUUCAUUGACUUUGGAUAUCCAUAAA